CAGAUUGCGGUCCUGCACUGGAAGGGGGUCGAACGGGGUGAGCUGGAUGUCAAUCUCAAGCUUUGGUCAAGGUUGUGCUUCCGGUCAGUGAGUCAGUGAUGUGUAAAUUCCACGGAUCGAGACCACAUCCUGACAGCACAAAAACCAGGUGGUGAGCUUAUGUAAAGAUUGGAUUGGCAAAAGCCGUUUGUUGCGACUCCAUGAAAUCCCUAUUAGACUUUCACCCGCUUCCAAGAUAGUGGAUGUUGCAUCUUGAAAUCGACAUUUCCUGUUGCACUUGUUUGAUUUUUGCAGUUUGCUCAGCCUAGAGUACCUGGCCAAAAUAGAGGAACCUUGAAUGAAGGACAGUGGAACAACACCAAAAAAAAUAUAUGACAUAUAGAACAACAUUGACCACGACCGAUGCUCUCUAAGAAAAAAAGAAUUACACCAGCAUCGACAAAGCGAGAUUGUAGCAAGGCUCGUGCUUUUGGCAUCCCCAUGGAGGCGGUGGCCUUCCGUGAGACGGGCACCGAUACGGUGCCCAACGCCUCCCCGACCGCUGCCUCGGCCUCCUCGGACAUCUACGGCAUGGCCACCCUGAAUGCUUGCGAGAAGAUUAAGAGUCGCUUGCAGCCAUAUUUGGCGAAGUUUCCGGACUUCAAGAGCGCAGUGAACGCCGCCUACAUGGACCGGGUGGACCUCUCGGCCCACGGUUUCUAUGCCACGCCUGGCAUCGGCUAUGACUGGUCCUUGCCAGAAGACCAACGAGGGAAGCCAUUCAACUACUUUACUUUUGGAGCUGCAUGUUCAGAAGUGGAGAUCGAUGUCUUGACUGGCGACAUGCGAAUUUUGAGAUCUGACAUCCUAAUGGAUGUGGGCAACAGCCUCAACCCAGCCAUUGACAUAGGGCAGAUCGAAGGUGCUUUCACCCAGGGCUUCGGCUGGGCCACGAUCGAGGAGACAGUUUGGGGCUGCUCUGAGUUCAGCUGGUUAAAGCCUGGCGUGUGCUUCACCCGUGGCCCGGGAACCUACAAGAUCCCCUCCUUCAAUGACACGCCCGUAGACCUCCGGGUCACCUUGGUCAAGGACUCUGCGAAUCCCAAUGCCAUCCAUUCAUCACGGGCGGUUGGUGAACCACCCUUCUUCUUAGGUUCCUCCGCCUUCUUUGCUGCAAGAGCGGCCAUCGCCUCUGCUCGGGAGGACACUGGUGCUGCGCCCCACGACUACUUCGUGGUGGACCUGCCGCUGACGCCGGAGCGAAUCCGCCUCGCCUGCAAUGAUCCCUUGACCUCCCGCUUUGCGUCCAGCCGCCCCAGACCCAGCAUCUUCGUUUGAGGAGAGGCAGUCGAACAAGAGACGACCGGUUCAGGACCCGUUGUGCAGUGAGGCAUUUUUGGCACACUUGACGCGCUGAACACCUGCCGGCGGCGUGCCGCGAACACCGCAGCGCGAAGCAUCUAGAAGCAGCUAGAAGAAGCUGCUCAGAAUGCUGCCAAAUACACUACC